AUGCAGGGCUAUGAGGCUUCGAGCAGCGCGCUCGCAGACCUACCUUCGACACUGCGAACAGUGAUAGGCAACCCGACGACGUCACCGAUCGGCUCACCAGUACCUCUCCCAUCCGACCCUCUCCUCUCCCAGCAGCAAAUCCAAGAGAACUUCCAGAAUGUGCUGUCUUCAUUCUCGAUGGAACUCCGCCCGGAGCCUAGGCUCACCGCCAGUGGCAACUCGACCGGCUCGACCGGCAAAGGCAUCCUGAUUGGGAUCCUGUCCGCGUUCGGAUCCGCCGCCGUCGCAUUUGUCGUCUUAGCGAUCUUUUUCUUUUUCAAAUAUACCCGCCGGGGGCGGAUUAUGCUGGAUCGCAUUGGGCGGCCCGGUGAGUUCGACGAUGAGCAGGCGUUUGCGCGCGAAGAGGAGGCGGCGCUAGAGUCAAUGGACGACUUGGCGCGGUCGGAAUACUUACGAGCGAAAGCCUUUGUUCAAGGAAACCCGCCCGAAUCAGUACAGACCGAUAUCUCACUUUCACAAUUCCUCGCCAUCCAAGAGAAGGGUGUGUCUGCAUGGGAGUUCCAACCAGAACUGGAAAUCGCAAAUUGCUUCGUGGAGGGCCGGACGGAGAUCGAAUUCUACGACUCAGAGUGCAGUGUGCAGACCAAUCUGCCCCUGCCCAAACAAAAUGAGGUUUACUACUGGGAGGCGAAGAUAUACGACAAGCCCGACUCGACAAUGAUCGGCAUCGGUGUGACUACCAAACCAUAUCCUCUUUUCCGGAUGCCUGGCUUCCACAAAUCCUCGGUCGCCUAUCAAUCGACCGGACACCGCAGAGUAAAUCAACCCUUCAAUGCCACCCCCUACGGACCUCCUCUCCUACAAGGCGAUGUGAUUGGCGUUGGCUACCGACCCCGGUCCGGGACCGUCUUCUUCACCCGCAACGGCAAGAAGCUGGAGGAUGUGGCCCACAACUAUCGCUCCCAAAACCUCUUCCCUACCAUCGGGGCCAACGGCCCUUGUACGAUCCAUGUCAACUUUGGUCAAAUGGGGUUCGUCUUUAUUGAAGGAAAUGUCAAGAAAUGGGGCUUGGCCCCCAUGACGGGCAGCCUGGCCCCGCCCCCACCGUACGGCAGCGAGCAAGGCAGCAUUCUCCUUGAGUCGGGUCGCGAGAGUGCGGCUCAAAUCUCUCAACGCGUAUAUCAGAACGCGGACUAUGCGGCCUCGGGCUCCAGUGUUCGGAUCCCUCCCGUGCCCAGCCCCGGGCCUGCUCGAUCUCCGACUGACAUUUCCCUUGCUCAGCUGACUCACAUCCCAUCUCUUGAAGAUGCUGGUGAGGGGUCCAGCCGAUUUGCUCUGGGGGAUGAAGAAGCUACCGUUGGUAUCCAGGAUGAUGCUGCGGAGGUUCCUCCUCCCGAGUAUUCCAGCCCCGAUGGCAGUCGCAGAGGCAGUGAUGUCUCUCUUGAGUUCCCUCCCCAGGGCACUGGCGGGUCUCGCCAUGAGCCCGAUUCAGGUUCACAUCUUCCCAGCUACGACACUGUGGUUGAACGGGAUCUGAACACGCACCAAAGCAACCAAUGA